UCCACAUAACGUAGAGAACCAGAGACAAGGACGACCACCUGGUGUAUCUUAUACAACUUCUGAAGAUUUCUGCCCUGAUACCAAGCGAUUGCUCUUGAGAACAUGAUGAAUGUCCCAGAGUGGAUUCUGGAGCACUUCAUUCUGUUAGAUUAAAGCCUGGCUGCAGCAUGCAUGGGUCGCUGUUCCCCUGGGAUGCCUUGUCCUUGCAUGGCCAUCUGACCCAAUAACCGGGACUUGGCGUACCAGCUCUUUAGGUGGGGCAAAGCAUUGGCAUCACAUUCUGGAAGAUAUGGCUCUUAUUAUCAAACUACUGCUGCUUACCAGUUUGUGGCCAGGGGCCGUGCUCAGUGGCUUCCAUUCUCUAAGGCAAAAGCCCUAUUCUCCUCAGCAUCUUCAUCAUCCUCACCAAGUCGUUAAUCAAGAAGAAGAGCACAGCCAGCCAGCGGCCAUGAGAGACAACCGAAAGAAUGCCAGCAAAAUGAGAAGAAUUGACAGCACUAAGGUUCGUCAGAUGAAAUCGGAGCAGCUUCUGCGCAUUGACGACCACGAUUUUGCAAUGAGACCUGGAUUUGGAGGUUCAGCCAUUCCUGUUGGCAUUGAUGUGCAGAUAGAAAGCAUAGACAGCAUUUCAGAGGUGGAUAUGGAUUUCACCAUGACGCUGUACCUCCGGCACUACUGGAAAGACGAGCGGCUAUCUUUCCAAAGCACCAAUAACAGAAGCAUGACAUUCGAUGGGCGGCUGAUUAAAAAGAUUUGGGUUCCCGACGUAUUCUUUGUUCAUUCCAAGCGUUCAUUUAUUCACGAUACCACAAUGGAGAACAUAAUGUUGCGGGUUUAUCCAGAUGGAAAUGUCUUGUUUAGUCUAAGGAUAACCGUGACGGCCAUGUGCUUCAUGGAUUUCAGCAGGUUCCCUCUGGAUACACAGAACUGUUCACUUGAACUGGAAAGUUACGCUUACAAUGAAGAGGAUCUCAUGCUGUACUGGAAGCGCGGGAAUGAGUCGCUGAAAACCGAUGAACACAUUGCCCUCUCCCAGUUCUUCAUUGAAGAGUUCAGCGCAUCCAACGGUCUGGCUUUUUACAGCAGCACAGGUUGGUACAACAGACUAUUCAUCAAUUUCAUCCUCAGGCGGCACAUUUUCUUUUUUUUGCUUCAGUCUUACUUUCCUGCAAUGCUCAUGGUCAUGCUGUCCUGGGUUUCCUUUUGGAUCGACAGAAGAGCAGUACCAGCGAGAGUAUCACUAGGUAUUACCACUGUGCUGACCAUGUCUACCAUCAUCACCGGAGUGAGUGCCUCAAUGCCUCAGGUGUCUUACAUAAAAGCGGUGGACGUGUACUUGUGGAUCAGUUUCCUUUUUGUUUUCCUCUCUGUCAUCGAGUAUGCCGCUGUAAACUAUCUAACGACCGCCGAAGAAAGGAAGCAGCUCAAACGCAGAGGGAAGUCGUCAGCGACGCUUAACCUUGAAGCAGUACAAGCCAUGGCGUUUGAUGGCUGUUUCCAUGACAGUGAUGCCGAUUUGAACUUUUCCAUGCACUCAGAGGAGAGUUCCUCGCGGGGACGUGCCGCCAGCGUGGCCACCUUGGACGCCAUGCGUGUGAGAAGGAAGAAGUCCAUCAGGGGAAACUUUGGCAGAAUCAUCCUGGAGAACAAUCAUGUCAUCGACACGUACUCCAGGAUCAUAUUCCCCACUGUUUACAUAGUGUUUAACUUUUUCUACUGGGGAGCGUACUUAUGAAAAUAAGACACCGUUGCAUAUCAAGUUGUACAUGGGAUUUUAUUUUUUGUUCCUUUUUUCUGUAAACAUGAAUAAUAAACAGUCCUGCAGAAGGUUAAAUGGAGCCACCAACAAGACGAAUCCAUUCCUUUUACAUAGCAUAUAACAGACGCUAUGGUGAAAUAAAUCUUGUUACAUUUUAAAAUUCUUUAUUUUUAUUAUUAAAUAUGUUAUUGAAAAGUA